CCCAAGGGUUGGAAGGGACCUGGAAGCAUCAUCUGCUCCAACUGAGGUGUGUUCCUCACCCGGUAGCACAAGGAUUUGCUUGGAGGCUUUGGUUAUAGUGUUUCAUACUACUGAAACCACACAGGAGAUUCCUUCUCAUACCACAACCUAAGAGUGGGGCUGGACUGAGUGCACCAGGCCAUGGCCAUGCAGAUGCCCUUGGAAGUGAAUGCGGAUACUUCAGCAGAGGAAGAGAGCUUUGGGCCCCAGCUCAUUGCUCGGCUGGAGCAAUGUGGGAUAAAUGCCAACGAUGUGAAGAAAUUGGAAGAAGCUGGGUUUCACACUGUUGAGGCUGUUGCUUAUGCCCCAAAGAAGGAGCUCCUAAACAUCAAAGGCAUCAGUGAAGCCAAAGCUGACAAGAUCCUGGCUGAAGCAGCUAAACUGGUUCCCAUGGGUUUCACCACAGCAACAGAGUUCCACCAGCGAAGGUCAGAGAUCAUCCAGAUCACCACUGGCUCCAAAGAACUUGAUAAACUUCUUCAAGGAGGCAUAGAAACAGGAUCUAUCACAGAGCUAUUUGGGGAGUUUCGGACUGGGAAAACACAGCUGUGUCAUACCCUAGCAGUGACCUGUCAACUUCCCAUUGACCGGGGGGGUGGUGAAGGCAAAGCCAUGUACAUUGACACAGAGGGGACCUUCCGUCCUGAGCGCCUUCUUGCUGUGGCUGAAAGGUAUGGCUUGUCAGGCAGUGAUGUCCUGGAUAACGUGGCCUACGCUCGAGGCUUUAACACAGACCACCAGACCCAGCUGCUCUACCAGGCGUCUGCUAUGAUGGCUGAAUCACGGUAUGCACUGCUGAUAGUGGACAGUGCCACUGCCCUGUACCGCACGGACUACUCAGGCCGUGGGGAGCUGGCAGCCAGGCAGAUGCAUCUCGCCCGCUUCCUGAGGAUGCUGCUGCGCCUUGCAGAUGAGUUUGGAGUGGCAGUUGUGAUCACCAACCAAGUGGUAGCACAAGUAGAUGGAGCUGCCAUGUUUGCUGCAGACCCCAAGAAACCUAUUGGAGGGAACAUCAUAGCACACGCUUCCACCACCAGGCUGUACCUGCGGAAAGGCCGAGGUGAAACCAGGAUAUGUAAGAUCUACGACUCCCCUUGUCUUCCUGAGGCUGAAGCAAUGUUUGCUAUUAAUGCUGAUGGAGUGGGAGAUGCUAAAGACUGACAGUCUCACUCCCUUCCCCCUGUAACCCAUGGCCAGGUGCCUUAAACGGCUCCUUCCUUUGUGGCACCUUAUAGAUGCUUCCCUGUGCUGCUGCUGGGUAGAGGCUGGCAGAGGGACCCGUUUCAUUUCAGCACUCAAGUCCACAGCAAACACACUCUGAGGCACAUCUGGAGGUGCUGCUUGCAGGAAUUCUGCCCUCUUGGCCUUUUGGCAUGUGUUUAUUAAGGUGGUUUCUUGAUAACACACUCGGAGGACCACAGACCUUGUGUGUUCCCUAUGGCUCUUGCUCCAGCUGGAGGAAAUAGCACAGUUAAAUCUGAGUACGUGGCCAUAGUUCCUAACAUGGUGAAUGUGGAGUAGCAGUGAUGAGUCUGG